GUUAACAAUAUCCAGCUCCUCCUUUGUGAAAACACAGAGCUUGUUGCAAAUAACAAUAGUGCCUGAAUGUUUGAUGCAUCACUGCAGCUUCAGGGCAUUCUGUUGCAAUCCUUACAGCUCCUUUGUACUUGGGCUUUUUGUUCUUGGAUUCUGUUUGUAUGGAUGUGAAUAUGAAUGCGUGUGCUUGUGUGGUAUGUAUCGCCUGUGCUUUAAAGAUCAUAUUACAUACAAUGGAAUUUGUAUGAUAAUAGUUCUGCGGGGAAUAUUAAUUAUACAUUCAGCCUAUUCACCGUCUCCUCCCACUGCCUGCCAGGGAAUAUAUGUAAGGUUAGGUGAAAUGAGCCUGGGCUCUGCUGUACCACCCGGUAUUUAAGAGAUCCUUAUUUCUUCCCUCCCUCUCCCUGAGCCAUCAUGCAUUAAACAGCAGGAGAUUUCAUUACAUGCAUCCGAGGUGCUUUGGAAAUUUUCAGUUACUGCUAAGUAAGCAUGACAACUGCUCAGUAGAUGUCUGCUGUUGUUCAACAAUGGGAUGUUCCAGACUAUUAGAGCCACUGACAUGUACAGUGAAUUUCAGACUACAGCUUGUGUUGGCCCGAAGUAAUGAGUUGAAAUAAUUGACUACAGAUAGUGAAAACCAAAUUCAGAAGCAUCAGUUGAGUAGAGAAGAUAUUAGAUGCCACAUUAGGUUGUAUAAGUCAGUACAGUUCCUCUCUGAAAUAUUUACACUUAUUAUUAAGCUUUGUAUUUUAAUUUGUUUUACCUUCCUUUAAGCAUUGCAGGCUGUACUGUGAUGCAACAAUGAUGUGUCCGAUUUUAAAGUGUCAAAACACUUACUGUGUGAUGCAGCUGUACUGUAUGAUGUUACUCACACUCGCUUCUGUGACGUCUCCCAAAGGACCACAGACAUUUCUGUUCUUUCUUAUUGAGUCAGCACUGAUCUGCUGUAACUUCCUGUUGUUUUCUGUUCUCUUAUUUUUGCUCAUCUCACUGUGUUUCUCUCAUUCCCUGUUGGUCAAUUGCCUCCCAUUGUGACCUGGUGUGUGUGCGCGGGCGGAGUGAGUACUGUUCUCUGCGGGCGGCCAUCCUGAAUCACACAGACUUCCUGUCUUGCAUGAAUAGGCGAGCCACACAGGAAUGCGCUCCUACAUUUACAAUAAGAACUCUGUGAUUGGCUCACAGGCAGAACACUGCGGGAUGCGGACAUAUUUCUUCAGUGCGGACACACAGGAGGACAUGAAUGGCUGGAUCCGGGCCAUGAACCAGGCUGCGCUAAUGCAGCAGAGUCACACUAUAAAGAGAGAGGUGGAGAAGGCGGAGAAGGCUGCACAGCAAGCAGUUCCACAGACCAACCAUGUCCACAUCAACCAGAACUCAUCUCAGUCAGAAAGCCUUCAUAGGACAGACAGAGAGGAACCUCACGAUAACGGUAUCAGACUGGCUCAUGGAGAUGAGGUGAGGUAUGGAUUAGAGGUCCAAGGGAGGCCCAGCCAAUCAGCCACAGAGGAAAGAGCAGAGAGACUCUCUCCAAACUCUGUCAAUGGUGCCGCCCACAAGAACGAACAGCAAACUGUAAUCCAAGUGACUCUGCCGCCGGAACAAAAUGGAAAUCUUGUCUAUCAGAGGGGCUUUGUUUCGCAGGCAGGCACUGAGAAACAUGUGCAGAGGAAGAAUACACUGGCUCAGGUGGAGCAGUGGGUCAAAGUUCAAAAAGGGGAUCCAAUCAAGAGUGCUCCCUCUGCUGAGUACAACCUCCCCCGGCGGACUCCUCCCUUAAAGCCCAAAGCCAGCACAGUGGAUGCCACCUAUCAGUCGUUGCCAAAGUCUCCACGUCUCCCGCCUGACAGCAAUUCUCCUCCAGCAACAUGCAACCUGCCCAGUGACUACAAGUAUGCUCAUGACCGGCUCAGCCACUUCCGCAUGUCCACUGAUGAGCGAAUGGCCACCAAGGAGGGAAUGGUGUGGCAGCUGUAUGAGUGGCAGCAGCGGCAGCAGUUCCGUCACGGCAGCCCCACCGCUCCUGUGUACUCUGGGCCUAACUUCACAGACUCUUCAUCUUUACGAGUUACGGUGGAGAUGCCACGCUCCAUCUCUGUCCCCCCGUCUCCGUGUGAAGUCCCACCGUCUGUCCCCUCCUCAUUCAAACCCCUGUCCCCUCGCAGGCCACACACUCCUUCAGACAGACGCACAGUCAGGCCCCUGGAUGAAGUGUUAACCGGGGACAGCACAAGAUCCAGCUCACCAAGCCAUAUCUGUGCCCAUCUUUCACAGACAUCCCAAAUGGAGAGACGGUCGAUGCCAGCCAUGGGCUACAUCACACAUACCGUCAGUGCACCUAGCUUACAUGGCAAAACGCCAGAGGAGCUGACUCUGCUCCUCAUUCAGCUUCGGAGGCACCAGGCCAAGAUGGCUGGUGUGCAUAGCCCCAGCUAUGCGUUCGCUCACCUGCAGCACCACCAGCACAACGGCCUUCUAGGCUCCGGCAUGCAGGCUGAUGAUACUUACAUACAACUGAAGAAGGACCUGGAGUAUCUAGAUCUGAAGGUGGGCCCCAACAAAGUUACUGGACGAGAGAGUUUAAAAAAAGAAAGACCAUCCAGGCCUGUGAAAAUAGCAGAAAGUGAUGCUGAUGUGAAAUUAAGCCGAUUGUGUGAACAAGACAAGAUUCUCCAGGAGCUAGAGGCCAGGAUACGCACUUUGAAGGAGGACAAGGAUAAGCUAGAGUCUGUGCUGGAUGUUUCCCACCAGCAGAUGGAGCAGUACAGGGAUCAGCCGGCCCAUGCUGAGAAGAUUGCCUAUCAGCAGAAAUUACUACAAGAAGAUGUGGUGCACAUCAGGGCUGAAAUAUCCCAAGCCUCCACAGAGAUGGAGAACGCAUGGAAUGAGUACAGCCAGCUGGAGAGAGAUGUGGACUGGCUGAAGUCUGCCCUGCAGGGACAGAUGAACCGCAGUGAUCUUUCUCAGCAAGAAAAGGUGCAGAUCAGAAAGGAGCUGUGGAGGAUUGAGGAUGUUAUCGCAGGCCUCAGCACCAGUAAAGCCAACUACAAAGUCACUAUCUCCUCUGUUACUAACCCAGAGAGGAAAUUUGUGCCUUCAGUAUCGGUGUCAUCAGUGCCUUCUGUGUCUGGGAGCCCGUCUGCUAUGGAGAUGAGAUUGUCCCAGAAGCAGCAGCAGCAACAGCAGCACAGCCCCCACCUCAGUCCUAGUAGCCACACCCCCACCCUUUCCUCCAGCCCUAGCCAGCAGCCUUUACACCACUCUACAACCAUCACCAGUGGACUUAAAUGGGGUGAGGAAGAUGUGCCUCCCAGACCUCCUCUACCUCAGCUCUACAGUCCUGAUGAGCACCCCCCUGCUGUGCCCCCGCUGCCCCGGGAGACAACGGUCAUCAGACACACUUCUGUACGUGGCCUCAAACGACAGUCAGAUGAACGCAAAAGGGACAGAGAGAUUGGCCAGUACACUAAUGGAGACAGUAAGGUGGAACUUAGGCCUUUUCUGAGCAAUCCAGAGCUUAUGGGGGCUGGAGACGGCUCCAGCCACAUCAUUAUUGGAGCAUCCGGACAUGAUGGAGGUUAUCAGACGUUACCCAGCAGAGGAAUGGCUGGAUCCUCACUUAGACUAAAUCAGUCUUCAAGCAUUUCCUCAUAUGUGACCAUCCGAAGAGCAGCCUCAGCUGUCGGCAUGAAGGAGAGACCAAAAAGUGCCUUGGAGCGUCUGUACUCUGGGGAGCCGGCACAGCAGCAGAGGGGGAAGAUGAGUGCUGAUGAGCAGCUGGAGAGGAUGAAGAGGCACCAGAAGGCCCUCGUCCGCCAGCGCAAACGCACCCUGAGUCACGGAGACCGACACGCCUCUUCAACGUCACGCACCUCGUCUUCGUCCUCAUCCUCACGCCCACUUUCUGCAGACAUGGGAUCAUGGAAGAGAGAGCAGGAGUUUGACCUGCAGUUGCUGGAGAGGGCUGUUCAGGGGGAGGAGGCACAGGGAGUUAGGAGUGUCCAGGGGGAGGAAAGACCUCCCGAGCACAAAGAAAGACCCCGUUCACACUCCGACGAAUGGCUCACCUUUCGCUCCAUGGCCACAACUCCUCCUGCGCAUGAAGCUGACCUGGAAGCACUGGACUAUGAUGUGGACCUUAACAAAGAAUUGUCCAAACCUCAGAAGGUGUUGAUCCCAGAGCGCUAUGUGGAUUCAGAGCCUGAGGAGCCCCUCAGUCCCCAGGAGGUGGAAGAGCGUCAUCGUAAGGUGGAGCGCAUCAAGACCAUCUUGGCAAAAUCCAGUGUGCAAAACCUAGGACCAGCGGUCUCUGUGGAUAAACCUGAGGUGGGGCUGGUGGCAUUGGACUCAGCUCUGCAGGAGCAGGAGAGGAUCAUCACCAUGUCCUACGCUCUCGCCUCAGAGGCUUCUCUCAAGAGCAAACUAGUGGCAGUUCCACCACAGGCUAACAUCCCCACUGUUCCUCCCCCUCCCCCUCCUCCGCCUCCUCCGCCUCCUCCACCACCACCACCACCUCCUCCUCCUCCUCCUCCUCCUCCUCCUCUUCCUCCUGUAUCUCCUCCUGUAUCUCUGGCACCUCCCUCUCCUCUAAGCAACGGAAUUCACUACACGUUUGUCUAAUUUGAGACACAAACUCAAGCAAUUUCUGGACACUGAGGUGCUACCCACAAUGACAACAACUGGAUUCUGCAAAAAUAAGGAGGAUUUUGUUUGAUUUUGGACAUUUACACCUUUCCAUACAGCAGUAGAAGAACUGUAGUAAACAUUUACAAGACAAAACAUCUCUGUGAGGCUCAAGCAGCACUGACUCCUUCAAGUGUUUCUAGUUGCUGACGGCAACUUUCCUGAGGAAAACAGAAGACGUUGUGGGAGCUGUUGUGCUUAUUAACUGAGUGUCUAACAAAUGUUAAUCUCAUAGUAAUAAAAGAUUUUCUACAUGUUAUUGCACUUUGAAUUGUACACUGUAUCAUGUUUUCAAGGUAUGGCUGACUUGCUUUUACUUGCAGUGUGAUCUCAACUCAGAACAUUUAUGAGGUUUUUGUUUGUUUGUUUUUUCAGGUACAAAAUGUUAUGAACAGGAGGUACUAAAUGUGUCAUGACGGUAGUAUUUUUAUCAGAUAAUAUUCUUACACCAAACCAUGUGAAAUAUCAUAUGUAUGUACCUGUAGCACUGCCAGUCUCCUUUUAGCUUGCCAAAAUGAAUUUUAUUUUUGCUUACAUCAGGAUGAAAAUAACCUUUAACAUAUUUUCUGUGUGACUGGGGAAGGUUGCACAAUGGAAAUUUAUAAAAAUGUGAAUAUUAAAGAUAUUAACACAA